AUGAACGGAUCUGAUAUCCCCCUCGAAGGGGAUGCGACAGGUAAUAGCGAGGCUGGUAGACCGACCAGGUCGAUGCCCUUGAAGAGAGGAAACGCUUGCAUACGCUGUCGCAUGCGAAAGAUGAAGUGUGACGCCAAUAAAGAUGGAUGCUAUAAUUGCACGAAAGCGAGGCAAGACUGUCAUUAUGACAGCUCGGUGCCUUCGAGCAAAGCGGGGAGCAAGAUGAAAGCGUUAGAAGCCAAGAUAGCCGCACUGGAACAGAAGCUGUCUUCCAACACGAUGCCGUCUGCUUCGGCUAACAGUCAUCCGACCUUUGAGACGGGGAUAACCUAUAACACUCAGCCUGGAGGUUCGAUCCUAGAGGGGACACCGCAGAGCAGGUGGAAUCAGGACAGAAACUCAGGAGCUCAGUUUGUGCCAAGAAGCGGAAGUGGGUCGGUAGAUCCCACAGCUCUUUACCAGAAUUCCGGUUUUCCUGCGCCUCCUGCUGGCGUGGGGGAUUAUGAACCUAUCCCUCACGACGCUUCGUUUGCGGCAGCCAACGCCCUCUCGCCACAGACGCAGGAGAUGCUCAACGACUUCUUUUCUCAAACGGCUGAACAGCAAACGAGCAUGGUCCAGGGCUGGGGUCUCGCGGAAAACUUCAUUACGAACCCAUCUGCAUCGAGCAGCCAAUCUGGCGGACAUGGACCAUCGAUUCAACAAGAUCUGCAGGCACGAUAUUCCGACCCGGCUGUGCACCACAUGACGGAAGGCAUUGACAGACUGCGAACUACCGUAUCACCGACCGAAAUGUCACACGCAGCUCAAGAGGCUUCUUCAUCGCCAUCAAUUCCUCAGGUGUUUAGCAACAGCACCCAGCCUGCAACCUCGAGUAACAGUCCGUUGGGUAUCGGGGUUCUACCUGGACCCGCUGAAACCCGGUUGGUCGGAGGGUGGCACGAUUCUACCGAUCUACCCACGACCAUGCGCGACAAGCUGCUCGGAUACUUCUUCAAAGAAGCGAAGAAAUAUUUUCUUGGGGUCGAUCGGCCUCGCUUUCAAACCAGGCUGACUUUGGAGCCUCGGAAGAGACCGCAUCCAUGUUGGAUGUAUGCGAUGUACUUGCUCGGCGCGACGUUUUCUCGGGAACCGAGUUUGCUUAGUUUGCGGGAUCACUUUUUCGAGGUAGCGAAAAAGCAGAUCGAGAAAGCAAUUGACGAUAGCGACAGGCUCCUCGACGCGAUCAGGGCGAGCAACCUUAUGGCUGGCUAUCUUUACAGUUGUGCCAAAUACCUGCAAGCCUACGUAGAGACCGGCAGAUGCGCUCGCCUCGCCAUCUCCUGUGGAUUGCAUCAGAUCUCUAGUACGGUCUACGAAGAGGUCCUGAAGGAUUAUCCAGAUAGUUCCGGCGAGAUGCACGGAAGCAGGUCGGGAAGGCCCCGGGUCGCAAAGUUCUGGGCCCUACCACCGCCCAGUGACCCGGUCGAUCUUGGCGAGAGAAUCGCCAUUUUCUGGGGAGUUUUUACGAACGAUCGCGCAGGUGCUACCGCCAUGAAAUGGCCCAUUAACAUACCUAUCGAUUCGAUUUCGACACCUUUUCCCCACGAGCUACCGGCAUAUAAUAAACCAUUGACGAUUCAUAAUGAUCAAACCGUAGAUGAUAUCCUGAACGGACGCAAUAAUGGCGUUACAGUCGGGACUCACAUCCGGAUCUACACCAUCAGAGCAAGUGUGCUGAUGCACGAAAUUGCCAGGCUGGCGGCUGUGGAAAGUGUCUCCGUCAACAUGGACUCUCGGGGCUCGGAAGUCAGGUCUUUCAUGCCACCAGACUUCCGGCAGGACGCCUGUCCUCAGACUCGACAACCGAUGCUGUAUUGGCAGUACAAGCAUGCGCUCAGCGCGUUCGUGGCCUCUUUCCCACCGGCACUGCAGGAUCCGCUGCAAUUGCACCCAUACAGGCAGAGUUAUGACGUGCACGAGAUUACGCUGCACCUGUAUGUGUCCAUAGCUGAGCUGUGGCUAGAGGACCGCGACGAGGAAGAUGCCGAAAACACUGCUGCUCUCGAGGUCGCGCGAAAGAUGGUCAAUCUGGCUAGGGCAUUCCCCGAAGAGAAGCUAAACGAAGUGGAUAUAUAUUGCUGCAUGUUGCUGAUCUGGGCGGGCCGCGUGCUCAUCAAAGAGCUGAAGCGUCUGAGUAUUCUCGUGGGAGAUCUCCUGGCAUGUGCAUCGGUCGAGUACGAUCUGGACUCGUUAGUAUACAUCAUCGGACGGCUCGGAAAGGACCUGAAGCUCGCGGAAAUGCAGGUCAUGCGGGUCACGGAUUGGAGAAGUCACGCUGGAGGCACGGCAGAGAUGAUCAAUCACAUCGCUGAGCAAGGGGUAAAUCCUGACCUCCUGAAGUAG